GAGGAUCUGUGUCGUCGUGAAAACAUCGUGCAGUACUGUGCAUCUUGGUUCAGAUCACCAUGGCGACAGCUGAAUUCCAUCUGAAACAAGAGGAGGGCGAGAAUGGGCAUCUAAAGCAGGAUUCUCACAAGUGCGGCGAGUGUGACAAGGAGUUUCCUAAACGGAAUGAUCUGAAGCGACACAUGCGGACUCAUACAGGAGAGAAACCUUACCGGUGUGAGGAAUGUAACAAAAGCUUCAGUCUGCUGAGUAAUCUGAAGAAACAUGUGCGGAUUCACACAGGUGAGAAACCAUAUCAAUGUGAAGAAUGCGGCAGGUGGUUUGGUACGCUGUUUGGCCUGAGGUCUCAUAUCAGGACACACACCGGUGAGAAACCCUACACGUGCGAGGAGUGCAGCAGACAGUUCAGUGAUCUGGGUAAUCUGAAGAAACACAUGCCCACUCACACGGGUGAGAAACCGUACAGGUGUGAGGAGUGCAGCAGGCAGUUUAGUCUGUUGGCUAAUCUAAAGAUACACAUGCGGACUCACACAGGUGAGAAACCGUACAGAUGUGAGGAGUGCAGUAAGCAGUUUAGCAGGCUGGGUCAUCUGAAGCGUCACAUGAGGACUCACACAGGUGAAAAGCCCUACACGUGUGAGGAGUGCAAUAGGCAGUUUAGUGAUCUGAAUAAUCUGAACAGACACAUGACAACUCACACAGGUGAGAAACCAUACAGAUGUGAGGAGUGCAGCCGGUCGUUUAGUACACUGUCACAUUUAAAGAUACACAUGCGGACUCACACAGGUGAGAAACCGUACAGAUGUGAGGAGUGCAGCAGGCAGUUCACCACAAGCAGCAAUUUAAAGAGACACGUCGGGCGAACUCACAGAGCGGAGAAACCGUAGAUGUGUUAAAAAUGCAACAAAAGCUUUCGUAAGAGUGAAAGAAGCACUCCCGUGAAAGACUGUCAGUGUCUUUCGACAUUCUUUGUAAAGGUUACUGAGUGGCGAUGUUUUAAAUGUCCUCACUGUUUGAUCUCAUUGUAUUAGUGUACUCUCUUUGUAUUUGUGUUCUCUCUUAGUCUACAUGACUCCACUGGUACACUGGUAAACAAUAGCGGUGAUUUUAUAUCACGAUUGAUGCAUGCUCCGUAGCCUGUUGAUUAAAGCUAGAAGUCGUGUGCAAAAUGCAAUAGUGUAGUAAUUAGACAAUAGUUACAUGACAGGACACCGUUCAUUUAACGUCAAUGUUUCAUUGUCCAUCUGUUGUAGAACUUAGUCAACUACUGAAAAUGUAAUUUGUUUGUUUGUUUGACAGCAGUUCUGUGGGCUAGAUGUAGCUUAGAGUGUAGCGAUUUUCAACUUUUUGCAUGUCAGUUUUAACAAUAAAGCGCGUUAUGUGCCUUA